AAAUUUACUCUACUGUAUUUGCAUGAAUCUCCAAGCAUUUUGGAGUUUGGAUGGUGCCUAUCCGCAUAUCCGCAUUGUGCAUUUGUGCUUCCUCAUUUUGAAAAAGAAAUUCCCAAGCACACCCGGUUAAAGAAAUGAAAAGAAAUUCCCAAGCACACUCUUGCACCCAACGGCAACUUGCAACUUUUUUUUCCCGUCAGCUGUUCAGCCACAGCGAGCGCUUUCAGCACACCGACCUGAUGCACGGGCAUGCCGUCCUCCGCAAUCUCCUCUUCUCGCCCGCCCCCGCCGGAUUCCCCUCCCAUCGGCGACUCAGUGUUUCUCGCGGUCGCGGUCGCGGCGCUCAUGGAUUCGCCAGCGAUGCACGGACGGCGUUCUCGGCCGGACGCGCCUCACCCGCAGCCUCAUCCCCGCCGCGUUUCAGAAAGCAAGGCAGCAAGAGAGCAGGGGCAUUGGGCCCAAAAGUGAUUGAAAAUGAGACAGAGGUCAUGAUCAACGGCAGCCAGACUUCUUCCUAGCGAUUCACGUGGAGCAAAGAGCGGGCCAAGUUCCUCACCAGCUACCUGAUGGAACAGGCUUCAGGUGCUAAGGGGAAAGAUGCAUUGUUCAGGGAGGAUGCUCUAGAAGUUACAGAGGCUGUUUCCCGACGGUUUCAGCGUGAAUGCGGUGUCGCUGAUGUGCGAAGGAGGCUGACAACUCUGAAGGAAAGAUGGCGAAGGAUAGAGAAGAUGAAAGCCAUUGGUUCUACGUCAUGGGAUCAUGCUACUAGGACGAUAAGCAUGCGAGAAGAUGAUUACCAACAGUAUGCCAUGGAUCAUCCGAAAAAUUCUUGGUUGCUGAAUAGGCCCAUUGAGGAUUAUGAUGAGCUUUCUUUCAUGUUCAGUGAUGAUAAAUCAGUAGCUGAUACUCAGGCAAAAAGGACAAAAACGCUCAUUCUGUCAAUACUCAGGAUAUCUGAAGAUCCCAUGGAGCAAAAGAUAGCUAAUGAGGACAUCCGCUACUUAGUUCUGAAGAUUGGGGAGUUAAUAGAUGCUCUAAAAAGCUUAAAGCCCAGAGACUUUUCUGACGACUUGUGGAAAGCAAUUACAGCUUGCGGUUACAACGAGAGGAUGUCAAUCACCGCGUUAGACUAUUUUCUGAAGAACGAGGUUGAAGGGAAGAAUUUCCUUGUGCGUAGCCCACACCUUCGCAAGGAAUGGCUAGCUAAGUUCUUCUCUAGCCUCCUGUAACCAUUCUUGGUCUGUUCCAUCCAGCAGUUUAGUUUGAUAUUUCUAGUUUACCCAUUUAUUAGGAACCACACUUCAAAAUGUCGAGUAUCAUUGUGGAAGUCCUUAAGCAUGUAUGAACAGAAGCCUUAGCACGCAUCAAUGGUAAA